AAGGAGGCCCGCAGCCAGCGCCCCCGAGGGGGUGUCGCCGGCCGCUGGGAGCUCCCUACCUGUUAGUGAACAGUUGGGAGUCCGCGGCUGGAAGAAUUAAUUAGGGACGUGCUGUUUUCUGGGCAGCACGAAGCUUGGGUAGAGGCAUCCAAACCUUUGCCGGCCGCGCUAUUUUAUUUUUACUACAUUUUCUCAGGUUGUAAAAAUAGUCGCCAGGCGGGUUCUUUCUGAGAGUUUCUAGCAAGGAGCGCAUUCAAGGCCAGGCAGGCUCUAUAACAGGUUUCUCUUUAAACAGCCAGAGGUGAGCGGUGAGAACGUGGGCCCCCUGGGCUCCUUAUUCAUCUCCAUCAAGAGCCCUUCAGCCAGAGACAGGGGCAGGGGCCGCCUUAAUGCAGAUUUAUGAGUCCCCCCCCCACCCACCAGGAGCGUGGGGACACCGGCUGAGGGCUUCUGCCGGGAGCCCAGGUGAGCCACCAGCCCUCUCUGGACAAUGUCCACUUCCCCGGUUUGUCAUUUCUGGCAGGUGUGUGUUUGUGUCUGGGCCGAGGACGGGGUUUCAUGGAAAAGUGAUUAACUCUUCAGAGACCUUCCGUGAGGAUGUCAGGUGUUGUUGCUAAUGAGCUCUCUCUCCUCCCCUCUUAACAAUGAAAGACAAGCCAGCCCCGGGUACCUGGAUGCAUUGAGAGCGGAAGUGUGAGAAACUUCAUAAUAAGUUGCCGAUGGCUACCAGCCAAGGCCGGAGGGUUGUUUUGCGGUUGUGCUGAGCCCAUCACACAUUAAGGGUCCUUUAAAGAACCUGGAUUGAUUGGAGGGACAAAAAUUAGAAGCAAUCUGAUCCCGCCUCAUGCCGGAUCCCCGCGGAUUUGCUCCUUAUCCCAUUUCCAUCCGCUGUCACAAUUUGAGAGCCUGCCCGAUUUGAUCAGUUUCACCUCCGGGAGAGGUGUAAUGCCAAGGUUAGGAGGACGCCAAGUUAUGGGCAACUUUUUGAUCUGCCCAUCAGCAGUCUGAGAAACGCCGGCUCUGGGUUUUCCGCAUCGGCCUUCGGGAAGAAACAGGUUCCUCGCCCUUUGCGACCCGGCAGUCGGUGCUCGAGUCCCCGGGUCAUCCAGCCACCACUGCCUGGCAGAUGUGGCCCUUCCAUGCUGAGGCCGGGAGUCCCGCCUGACCCAGUCGCUGCCUCUCCAGCGCCCGUCCGGGCCACGCCCCUGCGGACUGCUCAGCCAUGCUGCCCCUGCUGGCUCUGUUCCUGCACUGCCUCCCACUGGCCUCUGGGGACUACGACAUCUGCAAAUCCUGGGUGACCACGGAUGAGGGCCCCACCUGGGAGUUCUAUGCCUGCCAGCCCAAGGUGAUGCGGCUAAAGGACUACGUCAAGGUCAAGGUGGAACCCUCAGGCAUCACGUGUGGAGACCCCCCUGAGAGAUUCUGCUCCCACGAGAACCCCUACCUGUGCAGCAACGAGUGUGACGCGUCCAACCCAGACCUGGCCCACCCGCCCCGGCUCAUGUUCGACAGGGAGGACGAGGGCCUGGCCACGUACUGGCAGAGCGUCCCCUGGAGCCGCUACCCAAGCCCCCUGGAAGCCAACAUCACCCUCUCGUGGAACAAGAGCGUGGAGCUGACCGACGACGUGGUGGUGACCUUCGAGUACGGCCGGCCCACGGCCAUGGUCCUCGAGAAGUCCCUGGACAACGGGCGCACGUGGCACCCCUACCAGUUCUACGCCGAGGACUGCACGGAGGCCUUCGGCAUGGCCCCCCGCCGGGCCCGCGACCUGCCGGCGUCGGGCGCCCACCGCGUGCUGUGCACCGAGGAGUACUCGCGCUGGGCGGGCUCCAAGAAGGAGAAGCACGUGCGCUUCGAGGUGCGGGACCGCCUGGCCAUCUUCGCCGGCCCCGACAUGCGCAACAUGGGCAACCUCUACACGCGCCUGGAGAGCGCCAAGGGCCUCAAGGACUUCUUCACCCUCACGGACCUGCGCAUGAGGCUGCUGCGCCCGGCGCUGGGGGGCACCUACGUGCAGCGGGAGAACCUCUACAAGUACUUCUAUGCUAUCUCCAACAUCGAGGUCAUUGGCAGGUGCAAGUGCAACCUGCACGCCAGCCUGUGCUCCGUGCGCGAGGGCAGCCUGCAGUGUGAGUGUGAACACAACACCACGGGCCCCGACUGCGGCAAGUGCAAGAGGAACUUCCGCACGCGGUCCUGGCGCGCCGGCUCCUACCUGCCGCUGCCCCACGGCUCUCCCAACGCGUGUGCCGCCGCAGGCUCUGCUGUUGGCAGCAUCGGUAGGUCCCGGAAGGACCCCAUCCCCAAAGCCCCUGUGGCCACCGUGGCCAUGAGAGGGGCCCCCAGCACUCUUGCCCUCUCCACAUCCGCUGCGUGGGGCCCCGGGGCCCCCAGCACCCCACAGCCCACAGCCACCAGCCAGGGACUUUGGCACAGAAAGAGUGGAUCAGGCCAUCUACAGCUGCCCCCCUCGGGGAGAGCUCCCCCGGGCCCCAGAUGCCCUCCAGUGCAGAAGUUGUGGGCACCUUUGCUGCUGCCCCUGCCCCUGCCCCGGCCUCCAGACCUUUCCAGCUCAAGCCCAAAUCUGCUGAAGUGGUGCCCAUUGAAGAAUUCCAAGGGGGUGGCAGGAAGGCCCGGUCUCCCUUGGCCCACUGACCCGUGGUGUUUCUCACGCUCGGCCGGCCCAGACUGUGAGUGUUACGGCCACUCCAACCGCUGCAGCUACAUCGACUUCCUGAACGUGGUGACGUGUGUCAGCUGCAAACACAACACGCGAGGCCAGCACUGCCAGCACUGCCGUCUGGGCUACUAUCGCAACGGCUCUGCCGAGCUGGACGACGAGAACGUGUGCAUCGAGUGUAACUGCAACCCGAUCGGCUCCGUGCACGACCGGUGCAACGAGACCGGCUUCUGCGAGUGCCGCGAGGGCGCAGCGGGACCCAAGUGCGACGACUGCCUCCCGACGCACUAUUGGCGCCAGGGCUGCUACCCCAACGUGUGUGACGAUGACCAGCUGCUCUGCCAGAACGGCGGCACCUGCCUGCAGAACCAGCGCUGCGCCUGCCCGCGCGGCUACACCGGCGUGCGCUGCGAGCAGCCCCGCUGCGACCCCGCCGCGGAGGACGGCGGCCUGGACUGCGACCGCGCGCCCGGGACCGCCCCGCGCCCCGCCACCCUGCUCGGCUGCCUGCUGCUGCUGGGGCUGGCCGCCCGCCUGGGCUGCUGAGCCCGGCCCGGAGGGGACCCCGCGCCCGGGGGGGGGCGGCCCUGGGGGCUCGAGGGCCCGGAGGCCGGCGCCCGAGGCCGGGCGGCGAGAAGGGUGCGGCCCGAGCUGCUCCCAGGUGCUACACAGCAGAGCCCUCCCGCCUCCUCCCGCCGCGGUCAGUGGCACCUGCCCCCGCCCCGGCACUGCCCUCCGCCGCCGCAGGGGGCGCUGUGGGGGCUCUGGCCCCGGCCGCCUGCGAUUUGGGUCUUAGGUUUUCUUUUGUAUCACCUGCCGCCCCCCACCCUUUUUUUUUUUUUUUUUUUUUUUUUUUGCUGGUGGUGAGACAGCGGGUGGGGAGAAAUUCUCACCUCAACACCUCCAGGUCUGCCUCCCAACACACACACACGCACACACACACACACAUAUGCGACUGUUGCAGACACCCCCUGCGCCUGUCCCUGGCUUACCAUAGGCCAGCGGACCCCGAACUCCUGUUGCCUACAACUCUUCUUUCUUUGUUUUCCUUUGCAACCCACCAGACUCCGUGAGGCCUGGUGACCAAGGAACUCACCGUCUGGGGGAGGGAGUUAGGAAGGAGGGUUGGGAAGGCUGGAAACUUGGUUUUGUAGAGAACUAUUUUUGUUUGUAUUCACCGGCCCCUCUCAGGGGGACACGAGCCGGAACAGGUGGUUGAUGGUGUAUAAUCCGCCAGAGUAAAGAGUCUGCUCACUGCUG